GUUCUCACAUUACCAAAAUGUACAGACACAAACACUGCAAAUAGAGCUCUUCAUUCAACUGCUGCCCUUUGCUUUCAAUUAUUGACAGGAGACAACUUUCAAGAUGAAAGAGAUAUUGGAGGUUACUGGACUUUUUACAGGUUUUGUGAGCUGGAUAUUGGUUUAUGUAUCAUUAGAGCAUCAUUAUUGGAAAGAAUCCACUCAGGAUGGAAGCGUAAUUGUAACCUCUGCAGUUUAUGAGAACCUCUGGAGAUCUUGUGCUAGUGAUUCCACGGGGACAUACGACUGCAGAGAAUUUCCAUCUCUCUUGGCCUUGCCAGGGUACAUCCAAGCCUGCCGAGCACUGAUGAUUGCUUCAAUUGUAUUUGGGGCGUUGGGACUUGCUGCUACGCUGGUGGGAAUGCAGUGCUCCAAAGUAUGUGGAGAAAACUACAUUCUGAAGGGGAGGAUCGCAGCAAUUGGAGGCGUUUUCUUUUUACUUCAAGGGAUUUGCACCAUGAUUGCUAUCUCUUGGUAUGCAGCCAACAUCACGCAGCAGUUCUUUAACCAGCUGUACGCAGGGACAAAGUAUGAGAUCGGACAAGCCCUGUACAUUGGCUGGUCUUCGGCCCUUCUUGCCAUCUGUGGAGGUUUGUGUCUGUUGUUUUCCUGCAAAAGCAGCCUUCCCAGGAAAAAGAUUGCAUACCGAUACCAGCCAGGCUCCAGAGGACACAUUCUGUCAACUGUGGCCACGUCACAUGCGGCUCCAAGUAACUACGACAGAAACGCUUACGUCUGAGGUCGGCAGCUGACCACGUCCUCACACAGAACUGAUUCUAUGAAUUAGGGGUUAAUGAAGCGCUAAGAGUUGGAGAUAAUAAUAAUGAUUAGUAGAAAACACUGAUUUUUUUUAGAAAAUGCUUUAACGCAUCAAAAAUCGAAUGACAUUAAUUUCCUGGUUACAUAUUUCUAUGACCUUUAUUUUGAUAAGUCUGGGCUUGUUACGGCAUUAACUUUAAAGAUUAAAAGCACCUUUUUUACUUUUAACUAGAAACACACUUUACAGUUCCAAUGAAUCAUUUUUAUACUUCAUAAAGUUUUACAUUUGUCUGACAAUUGUUUUAAAAUAUAUUUUUAUGUUUUGUUGUCAAAACUGCUGAAGAUUUUUUCCACCAAUAAAGAGAUUUCUUGAUUGCUUUUAAGGUA